AUGCUUUACGGUAAUCUUCACGAUCUGGCCUAUUAUUACACCAUCGUUGAAGUGGGAACGCCACCACAAAGCCAGGAGGUUGUGGUGGACACAGGGUCUUCUAACCUUGUCCUGGCGUCUGCAGAAUGCCGUCACUGCGGCCAUCACGGUAUGAAACCAUUCAACACAACACUCUCUCGAACCAUGUCGUACAUAAACGGGAGUUCAGCAAGUUGUGCCGCCUUAGGAGGCGCAGCGGGUCAACAGGGCGCCAUCAAAGAUGCAUGUGUUUUCGUCGAGGAGUACGAGGAGCAAAGCGCCAUCAGGGGCUUCUAUGCUACUGACUAUUUGGCAUUUAAAGCCGAUGCUGAGCCGAAUGCUACAUAUAUUGUGCCUCAAUUUGGAUGUACAAUAUCGGAAACGAAACUCAUUUAUCAGCAGCGGGCCAACGGAGUGCUGGGACUAGGGCCAGUGACGGUUCCAACUGAUGACGAUGGUGGUAGUAAUGAGACAACUAUGUUGAAUUCUGACGAGUCGCAGCAAACAAUGGAAUACAAUGCAAUCGUAAACUCGAGGUAUGCGAAUUUUGUGGACGAUUUUUUGCAUCAGAAUUUUGCAAAAGAAAGGCAUCGGUUCGAACUGUGCCUGUCUGAAGACGGUGGUUCGUUGAUAUUCGGGAGGUUGGAAGAAAACGCUUCAGCCAAUGAAUAUGGUAAUCUUACAAAUGUUCAUAAAGUAAAAGAAAAAUCGCUGCUGUGGAUGCCGCUGAUGCGUCAUGGUGGUUAUUCAAUAGAGGUUAAUGCCGUAAGGUUCUGCGGAAAUAUAGUACGACCUACUAACAAAAGGUUCAUAUUAGAUUCCGGUUCUACCAACUCAAGCCUGGAACAACCAAUAUACAGUGUAAUACAUGAAUACUACAAGUCGCUGUGUAAUUCGAUGAAUAGGAAUGCAGAGGUCGCCCACAAUCAAACUAGAAGACGCCUGCAUAUCCGAAGUAGGAUACUUCGUGGAUUCCUCAAACGUCGGUUGCGCUUAAAAUCCACAGAUACGCAAGAUCACAACGUCAAUUCUGACUCAAUUCGUACACCCGCAAUUGCUGAUGGUGAUACCAAUAUGCAUUUGGGAGAUAACGGAGGCAAUGUUUAUGACGUUGGUGAACGCCAAGGCAAUUUACUAGACAAUCAACGUAAUGUAGAAUCUAAAAUUUCUCCCAAAUGCCGCUGCGUCAUCCAGAAGAAGCAUGGAUACCUGUGCUUUUCGGAUAUUUCUCACAUGCCAAGCGUCCAUUUGAUUAUUGAAGGGUAUGUUUUAUUAAGUCUAAUUAACAUCUAUAUAAUAACGCCGCAAAUAUGGUAUAAAAUAUACAGUUAG